AUCUGGUAGUCUAAAUAAUGUCUUUCUGAACUCUGUUUUUAGUUAGAGAUGCAUUUCAUUGUUGAAUUGAGCUUUUAUUUUUAAACUCCCAGCUGGUUCUGGACCGUAGAUUGGUCGACGGCCAGAAUGAUGUCCCGUUCUCAUCGACAGACCAGAAUAUGAGCCAGUGGGAAAACACUGGUGUCGUUUCAGACAUAAACUCCUUUAUUAACUGUGCAGAUAAAAGCCAAAUCACUCCUCAGACUCUGGUCUGUCUUCAGCAGCCUCUAGAGCCAACAGCGUCCAGUCUUCAUCAUCAUGGGCGUCAAAGCUGCUCUACCCAAGUAUGAGCUCUACUUCUACAGCUCGGUGUUGGGUCUGGCUGUGUUCUGGACCACCAGCUGGAUCUUUGAAGUGUCCAGUUCCAACAUCAACAGAAAAACAUUUAAAAUCAACAUGAAGCCAGGAUACUUUGGAAGGAAGAUGGACACCGCUGAUUUUGAGUGGAUGAUGUGGUUCUCCACCUUCAGAGCUCACAUCCUCUUCGCUCUUUCUGGUCACGUGCUGUUCGCCAAGAUCUGCUCCAUGCUUGCUCCUCAGCACAGGUCCUUGGUUUACAUGGUGUAUGGGAUCCUGGCUGUGUGGACCAGCAUGGGUUGGACCUACAUCACCCUCAUGCUGUCCCAUUGCAUCCUCCUCUACAGCAUCUCCUUGGUGAAAAUCCCCUGGCUCUGCUUCGUCACGGGUUUUUGCACCCUCGCCACGUUCAAAUGUGAACCCUUCGUGUCCUGGCAGGUGGGCUUCGUGGAGGGAGACUUUGAGCUGCGUCGCGUUCUUUUCUACGGAGGCUGCGGGUUCACCAUCAUGCGCUGCACCAGCUUCGCCCUGGAGAACUGCGACAGAAAAGACGGACACUACAACAUCCUGGAGCUUCUCAAGUACAACUUCUACCUGCCUUUCUUCUAUUUUGGUCCCAUCAUGACUUUUGACAAGUUUUACAUUCAGGCUAAUAAGUCCAACCUGACCAGAAAAGAAAGGGAGAUGUGGAACAUCAGCCUGCAGGGUCUGAUCCAUUUGGGAGUUGUCGUCGUAGUGGACGUCCUUUUCCACUUCAUGUACAUCCUCACCAUCCCCACGGACGUGAAGCUCCUGAAACACCUCUCAGACUGGGCUCUGGUUGGUCUGGCGUACUUUAACCUGGUCUACGACUGGGUCAAAGCAGCUGUGAUGUUCGGAGUCAUCAGCACCGUGGCCAGACUGGACCACCUGGACCCCCCCAAACCACCCAAAUGCAUCACAAUGCUUUAUGUGUUUUCUGAAACGCAUUUUGACCGAGGAAUCAACGACUGGCUGCUUAAGUAUGUGUAUAAUCACCUGGGUGGAAAGCAUGAGAACGUGGUGGAGGAGUUGGUGGCGACGCUCUGCACCUACGGUGUCACCGUGCUCUGGUUGGGACCCUGCGAGGUGGUCCUCCUCUGGGCUUUCUUCAACUGUUUUGGCCUCAACUUGGAGCUGUGGACCACCAAGUUCUUCUCCGCGGAGCCUUUUGUCACGUCUGAGAUGGAAAUGUCGGAGGCGACGUCCCGCCGCAUAAGAGCCAUCUUUAACACCUUCAACUUCUGGUGCAUCGUGCUGUACAACUCUGUGGCUUUGAACGGUUUGGACUUUGCCAAGCUGGUUGCCAAACGGCUCCUCCUGAAAGGUUUYCCUGUAACCACCGUCACGGUUCUGUUCGUGACCUACUGUCUGGUUCAAGURAUCAAGGAGAGCGAGAGGAGGCAGGCCCUCAUCGAAGACCCCSACCCUGUUCCUCCAGACGCUGCGACCACCAGUCCACCCACUGCUGCCGCUGCACCCGCAGAGGUGCAGCCAGAGUCAGAAACCAACAAACAAAAAGCAGAGUAGAUAUUUGACUACAGUGAGAGCAAACAGUUGUAGCCCAAUUACCUUUUAUAACAAACAAUUUUCAAAAACUCACACUGUGAAUAAAUGCAAUAUUUAUGCCUAAAGUA